AUGAAGAAGACAAGGCUGUGCACUGCGUGGAAGAAGACAACUGAUGAACUGGAAGUGGCAUUGGCAGCUGAACGAAGGGCAUACAAGCACGCCAAACGUCAGGCAACCCAAUUGAGACUGGACUUUCUUACGGUUCAGACAACAGAGGCAAAGAAGAAGAAAUGGAAAUCUCAGAAGGCCCACGAUCGAUUCCUUCGGUUACAACGAACGAAGCAACGAGAGGAGGCGAGACGCCGUCGUUGCGCCCAACAAAAAGGCUCUACAGGGGGUUUACGGGCUAUUCAGAUUGAAGAACAAUUACCAGACGGCACUCAGCAGCGGCGUACUAUCACCGACCGUGCUCUGGUUGAAGAAGGUUGUAUGCAAGAAAACGCGGCAUGGUACGACCAGACGCGUGCUCCAUAUACAACUCCACCUAUGGCGGAACCCUUGUACACAGCAUUCACCGGCGAUCAGGCUGAAUCUAAUUCCAUUGCACUAUUGGAAGGCCGCUACUCCCUGCCCGACCAUCUCGACCCCGCCACUACAGCCUUUCUUUCACAUUGCCGUUUUCACAAGGAUCACUUACCUGUGCACCUUGAGGCAGCGGCCCAGUCACCAGUUAUUGCCUCUUGUGAUGCCCUUUUUCGCAAUAUUCCUUUGGCAACGGGAUUCGUCCACUCAAAGUGGCGGAACUUGAUGAAUUUUGCAAUUGAGAAAAAGGCAGGCGACUUCCGGCUGUCAAAAAUGCGUACUAUUCAGUUAAUGAAUUCGGAGGCACAGGCGAACAACAAAAAAGCGGGUCGAGCGGCCAUGCAAUAUGCCGAGGAACACUCCUUGAUUCCGGACGGACAGUGCGGUUCUCGGAAGCGUCACCAGGCCAUUGAUCUGGCCCUAUCCAAACGUCUGGUCUGGGACUUGUUGAUUCUCCAACGACGCGCGGCUGGGUGGAUCUCUAAUGAUACCAAAUCCUGCUUUGAUCGUAUUGUUCAUUGGGUGGCAAUCAUUGCGAUGCUCCGGUUUGGGCUGACAUAG